ACCAAGCCCAUUUCUAUUACGUGACCUCUGUUGCCGGAAAUGUGUACACAAGGAAGCGGAAACUCUGUUAUGCUUACCUUCUUUGGGUUUUGAACGUGUUUUGGUUUGGGGGGGUUAGUAGGUUGAUUUUUACUUGUUUUAAUGAGUUGAGGACUUGGUUGUUUCUGGUGUUUGUGAUACUUCUGCUGGAGCUGUUUUCCCAUUGGAUUUUGCCGGAAUGUUUUACCACAUAUCUCUUGAACAUGAAAUUUUGCUUCAUCCUCGCUAUUUUGGCCCCAACCUUUUGAACACAGUAAAGCAAAAGCUUUUCACAGAAGUAGAGGGAACUUGCACGGGCAAGUAUGGUUUUGUGAUUGCUGUGACAACCAUUGAUAACAUUGGUGCUGGAAUGAUUCAGACAGGCAGAGGAUUCGUAUUGUACCCCGUGAAGUACAAGGCAAUUGUAUUUCGUCCUUUCAAAGGGGAAGUGGUUGAUGCUGUGGUUACCCAGGUCAACAAGGUUGGACUGUUCACCGAGAUUGGGCCCAUGUCCUGCUUCAUCUCUAGACAUUCUAUUCCCUCUGAGAUGGAGUUUGAUCCAAAUUCUAAUCCACCAUGCUAUAAAACUGUAGAUGAGGACAUCGUUAUCCAGCAAGACGAUGAGAUACGGUUGAAGAUUGUAGGAACCAGAGUGGACAAGAAUGAUAUAUUUGCAAUUGGUUCUUUGAUGGAUGACUACCUUGGCCUUGUCAGCUAAAUCAGAUUCCUCUGUCCUGGACAACUUCUGCACAGUUGGCAAGAUAACUGUAAUAUUUGCUUUGAGAACUACAAUUGAUCCAGAAUUGGUUGUACCAUGGAACGUUUGUUAUAAAACGUUCUGUCCGUAUUUACACUUUGUUCUUACUAUCUUGUAAAAUGCUGUUUAGUUUGUUUUGUAAUAAAACUGUUAAGUUGGAGCUCA